CUAAGCAACAAGGAAAUCUCUCUUCUUUUCUUGGCCAUUCACACCUGCUGUUCACACCAACCUUAUAUAUAGAUCUCUCUUUUUCUCUCUCUCCUUUCUUUUUCCAUCGAUCUUUCUCUCUCUUCUAGUACAGUUUUUGACGGAAAAUUAAAUCUUGUACUAGCUUUUUUCUGGGUUUUUCGGUUGUUAUGGAAGGGCAUCACCUCCAUCAUCCUCACCAUCAACAGCAGCAUCUCCAUCAUCAGAUCAGUAUUAACGUUGAUGCGGGUGAUAGAUUUCCUCAAUGGAGUCUUCAGGAGACGACGGAGUUCUUGAGGAUCCGAGCAGAGCUGGAUCGAGCUUUCAUGGAAACGAAGAGGAACAAGCUUCUCUGGGAAGUUAUUGCAACAAAGAUGAAAGAAAAGGGUUAUAAUCGCAGCGCUGAGCAGUGCAAGUGCAAAUGGAAAAAUCUCGUUACGCGUUAUAAGGGGUGUGAGACAACGGAAGAUGAUGCCAUGCGUCAACAAUUCCCGUUUUACAACGAACUUCAAGCGAUUUUCGCUUCGCGGAUGCAGAGAAUGCUUUGGGCUGAAACCGAAGGAGGACCGAGCUUGUCGAAAAAGAAAGCUACCCAGCUGUCAUCGGACGACGAGGAAGAUAACGAGGAGAGUGAGGAAGAGAAGGGUAGCACUCCUAGAAAGAAGAUGAAAAAGGGCAAAAGUAAUAUUAUAGGAAGUAGUGGCGGUGGGAGUGGAAAUAUUAAGCAGAUUUUGGACGAGUUUAUGAAGCAACAGAUGCAUAUGGAGGCGCAAUGGAGAGAAGCGUUCGAUGCGAGGGAAAACGAAAGAAGAUUGAAGGAGAUGGAGUGGAGGCAGACGAUGGAAACAUUGGAAAACGAGAGGAUAAUGAUGGAGCAGAGGUGGAGAGAGAGGGAAGAGCAAAGGAGGAUGAGAGAGGAGGCUAGGGCUGAGAAGAGGGACGCUCUUAUUACAGCUCUGCUAAACAAGCUCAGGCGAGAGGAUCGUAUGUAGUGUUGCUUUCAUACGUUUUUCUUUGUAUCAUCCGAGAGGCGGACCGAACAAGCAGCAGCUCUGAACUAGACUGCAGAGAGGUACUUCGUCUUGGAACUGUACUUCUCAUGUUGGAGAUGUUCUGGGUCUUGCAUGACUUAUCCUAUUUUAUCAUCUCCUUCUGUUUUUGCCCACCGAGCCUAAUUUUGCCAGUGAAAAAAAGCUGCUUCCACCUUUUCAUUUUCAUGUAAUUAGUACUCGUUUCGCUCUCCAAACUAUAUAGAUAUGAUCCAAAUGAUUAUUACGCA